CGCUGAGAGAGGAGAAAAGACCCUAUUCCGAUGCCUUUUUCAAGAGCAGCGCUGCAUCCAAGAGUCCGUCUGUUCGCCAUCACAAUCUUUCUCGUUCUGUUGCGGCCGCUGCCGGCGCAGCCGACUGGAGAAGAGGAGGAUGAGUCGAUGCCCUUCAACAGCGCCAGUGCGGUGCUUGGGCUCUCGUCUGACGAGCUGAAGGACAGGAUAACCAAGAUCUUCCCUCUGAUUGACACGGACGGCGACGGCGUGCUGUCGCGGGAUGAGAUAGUCGAGUGGCUGAGGAGAAUCAACGAGAAGGUGACGCAGCGGCAGACGCGGCUCGAAUAUGACGCGAUUGACAAGGACAGUGACGGCAGGGUGACGCUGGCGGAGGUGCGGGAGUCCUACUACGGCGAGAAUCAACACGAAGACGAUGAAGCCAUGGUCAGUCAUAGUCGCGCAGUGCACUCAUUCGUCCCCCUGCGUGUACAUGGUUAUCCUCGUUUGCUUUCUAUCAGGCGGACGUCAAGAAGAGAUUUGAAGUAGCUGACAAAGACCAGGGUGAGAUUCGCCCCGCGCGCACCAACAGCGGGCCGAUACCGACGCAUUCAUUCGUGUGCCCAUGUAUGUAUGUGUGUGUCAGAUUACGUGUUGAGCUUGGUUGAGUUUGAGGCGCUGAUGCACCCCAGCAAGGAUGAAGACCUCAUGAAACUCGAACUGGACGAAAUACUCAACGUGAGCGACCGACCGACCGAAAGCACAGAUGCAGCGACACAAAGGCGCACUUGGUUGUUUCCUCUAUGCAGGCACAAGAUAAGGACUAUGACAGGAAAAUCAGCUGGGAGGAAUUCAGGAGCGACCAGGGUCGGCCAAGCAAGGCAGUUUUUCGCCCGUGUGCAGGAUGUUGCAUGUUCCCUCUCUGUCUGUGCCUGUGUGCGUGUGUUAUGUAGAUGAAGAUGUGAAGGUGCUUGAGGACGAGUUUCGGCAGUACGAUCGCGACGGCGACCAGUACAUAGACGAGGACGACAUACGGGCGCUGCUCGAUGACCAGGGGCCCGAAACAGUCGAAAAGGACGCAGAUGAACUCAUCGCAGACACGUUCGGACCAGGUCAGUGCCUGUCUGUCUGUCUGGAUGGAUGGAUGGAUGGCACUGUCUUGUGUUGUGUUAUGCUGUGUGCAGAAGCGUCAUCGAUCUCGCUGACGUCGCUGCUUGAGAAGCUUGACGCGGUAGUGCAAUCGAGGCUGACGGACUACGGGGAGCUCCUGCGCUUCCCUGCCGAAUACGACCUCACCGUCUCGUUCGACGAACCUAUCAUCCAACAUGACGAGCUCUGACCAAUGGCGGCUCUCGGGCCUCCUUCCGUUCUGUGUAUUUAUUUGUCAUCGUGGCCUGGCCAUCGGUCGUGUCGUGUGUAUCGGUGUGCUGUCUGUCCGAACGUGUCGUUUUUGCCAAUGGCGGGCUGGGGGUGGCAGAGAGGGAGGGAGGAAGGGAGGCAGGAGUGCAUGAGGUUUGUGCAGCUGGUUCUUCGUCCUGUCCGUGUACCUACCGACUGAUGUAGGUGCGGUCCUGUGAAUAUGUGUGGCUCUGCGUGUGACAUCCAAUCUGCCUGUCUGCCUGUCCAUGGGUGAUUUUAACGCAUUCUCCUGUC